AUGCGUUUUGUGCUUGACGAAUUAUACUCAGACGAGGAGUCCUCGCUCGACCUGGGUGUUGGCUCGGACUCUGAUUCCUCUAAUGACCCAGACUACUCAAACAUCGCUGAUCCCCACGACUUGUACUCCCCCAAGCUGAGGAUACCUAAGAAGAAAGAUGUUCCAACUAAAACAAGAACAGCUAAAGAAGAAGAGGUUACUUUACUGCCCGAGAUCGCAAGGAUACUGGAGGGCAAGCAGUUUAAGAGUAGCGUCAUCGCUGCAAAUACUGUUCCCAGUGUAAUACAUCUGUCCAGGGAAGAGGAACAAAAUACCGAGAGCCUGAUAGAUAAACGAAAGGAUAAUAAGCUUGCGCACAGCUUAGCUCCAGAUGUAAAUAUAGAGCAGAUGGAAGCGCAAUUCUCGAAAGUUAUGCUAGGAAAAUUGGAUAGCCUCGAGACUCUGAACAGGAAACGUAUCGAAGAAGUCAGGGCAGAGAAAAAGCGAAUAGAGGAAGAGCAAAAGAGGAAGUUGGAGGAAGAGAAACGCAGGAAAGAACUAGAAGAUAAAAGGUUGAAAGAAGAGGAGGAAAGAGCUAAGAAAGAACAAGAGAAACAAGAGAAAGAACGGUUGGCGGCUCUUGAAGCUGAAAAGAAGCGAGAGCAAGAAGAAAAGGCUAAAAAGCAAGCUCAGGCUCAAGAAAAGGACAAGGCACAAAAAGCGGUAACAGAUUUUGACUCAAUAAGUAAAACUUUUUGGAAGUAUAAAGCUAAGAUCAAGUCUAUCAAAGAAGAGAUUGUGAUACCAGUCAAAAAUGCUGAUAAGGAGCUCAGAAACAUUCUAUCGAAGCAUAAGCGUAAGAUUAAUCCGAAGUUUGGGCAAUUAACCAACACAUUUUCACAAUUACAGAGUAUACAAAAUGAGUUAAGUCAUUUAAUCGAUGAAACAAAAGGCCAACAGUUGGCAUACUUAUGGAUAUUGAACUUUAUUGCAAAAGCUAUAGUUCACCAGGCCGAAACGGAGGUGCGUGCAAAGCCAGAAUCUUCUGUACCAUUAGCAAGGUUGGCAUUGUAUAUAAUGGUACGAUAUCCCGAAUUUAAGGAAUUAUUGCUUGCAAGAUUUGUUAAGAAAUGUCCGUUUGUUAUGGGAUUUACGUGUGACAUAGGAACAGAAGAUGGAAGGGGAAAUAUGGGUUGGAAAAGAGAUUCUUCCGGUAAAUGGGAGGAACCUACUUCUUACAACGAACGUAUUGGGGCUAUGGUUACCUUAUUUUCCGUUAUAACUAGGCUAGAACUGCCUCAGGAAUUUAUCCAGACAUCGAACCAUCCGCUACCGAUUUCCCAUUCCUGGCAUCUUGUUGCCAGAAUCGCAAAUACUCCAUUAAAGCUGAUACAAGACACACAUUUUGUCGUUCUAGGUUCUUGGUGGGAUGCUGCUGCCAAGGAGUUUUUACAAGCAUAUGGUGUCCAAGCUGCAAAGCUGCUUCAGUUAGUCGGUGACAACUUAACAUCUGCAGUUGCUGAUAGGAAGUACGUUGGGGCAGCCAGAUUACGUAUACUUCUGGAAUCUUGGCAAGAAAACAAACUGGAAAGUUUUCCAGAAAUGGUUCCUUGA